GGCCUAGAAAACUGGAAUGUGCAUAAGAAAAUUAGGGCAACGUCAGCAUGGAGUAUAUGUAUAAUAGCAUCCCUGGGCGUAGCUGCGUCUUCUUCUUUCUGAAGCUCAAGGACUGCAACUGCACAUCUCGGCAACGAUUCGAGAUUGACCAAAAUGUUCACCUCAAGGAAGAAAAUCCACAAGGAUAAUGAUGCUGAACCCACUGAGUUUGAGGAGACAGCUGCACAGUACUUGUUUGAUUUGGAGAACACUAAUCAGGACCUGAAAAGUGAUUUGAAAGAUCUCUACAUAAACCAGGCAAUUCCGAUGGACGUGGCUGGGAAUCGCAAGGCUGUGGUCAUCUAUGUUCCUUUCAGAUUGAGGAAGUCGUUUCGCAAGAUUCAUCUUCGUCUUGUCAGGGAGCUUGAGAAGAAGUUUAGUGGGAAGGAUGUUGUGUUGGUCGCCACAAGAAGGAUCGUGCGUCCUCCAAAGAAAGGGUCUGCUGUUCAGCGGCCGCGUACCCGCACUUUGACUGCUGUGCAUGAUGCUAUUCUUGAAGACGUAGUUUAUCCUGCCGAGAUUGUUGGCAAACGAGUCAGAUACAGACUCGAUGGAUCGAAAAUAAUCAAAGUUUUCUUGGAUCCGAAGGAACGCAACAACACUGAAUACAAGCUGGAGACUUUCUCUGGAGUUUACAGGAAGCUUACCGGAAAAGAUGUAUCUUUUGAGUUUCCAAUCACAGAAGCCUAGAAUGUCUUGAUGGAAUUUUAGUAUUUUUGUUCCAACUACUAAGAGUUUAUUUGGUGUUGUUUAAUAUUCUAGAUUGACAUGAAAAUUACUACAUACUGUAGAGGGUAUCCAUGGUGUGCAAUUGUGCAUGAUGCGGCAUAUUUGCAUUCUUGAUACUUCCUUGCAUGCUAUCUUUAUCGAUUUAUUUAUUUACCCUUGGAAGUC